ACAAUUUAAAUUGGAAAUUUUUGGAAAACUACCAUUGAACACAACAACAGAAACGCAAACAAAAAAUUGUUGAAAAUUUUUUUGUUAAAUUAUAUUUUCCUGCAUGACGCACAAUUGUUGAUGAAAUUGUUAUGUAAUGAGAUACGACGUCCAGGAGCUGCUACUUCAUCAGUCUGCUGAGGAUCCAUUCGCUAGGUUUGCAAAUGGGAUGGCAUAUCAUCCAUUUCUGCAGCUAUCGCAAAGACCCACUGACUUCAGCGUCUCGUCGCUGUUGACGGCGGGUAGCAACAGCAAUUCGACAGUCAACAACAACAACAACAACAGCAGCAACAACAACAACAGCAACAACAGCAACAGCAACAACAAUCACAGCAAUAACAAUAAUAUUAGCGGCGGCGGCGGCGCUGUUGCUCAGGGUUCGCCGUCUCAGUUAUCGCCCCAAAGUAAUCAUAGUAAUCACAACAACAACAACAAUAACAACAGCACCAAUAAUAAUAAUAACAAUAAUAAUAACAACAACAGUAAGUCACAUUUGACCACCACCGAACCGAAUUCACCAGCCUCAUCACCGCCGCCGCUGCCACCGUUGCCGCCGUUGCCGCCUUCAUUAGCAUCAUCAUCAUCAGCAUCAUCAGCGUCAUCAUCGACAACAACAACAGCAGCAACAUCAUCAGCGUCAUCAUCAGCAUCAGCAUCGGUACCGCCUGCGCCUAUCUCAGCACCUGCAUCAUCAUCAUCUACAACAGUACCGCAUCCCGCGCAACAACAUUCACCCAGCAUUGGCCCCGUGCCAGUGGGUCAAAAUCUGCAUCCACCACCGCCACAUUUAGCUGGGCCACCGCCGCAGCAGCAACAACAACAACAACAACAGCCACCACCUCCACCGUAUUUUCCCGCCGCUGCAUUGGCCGCAUUGGCUGGCAGUCCGGCUGGACCACAUCCUGGUCUAUAUCCCGGAGGCGGUUUACGUUUCCCGCCACAUCCUGCACAUCCACAUCCGCACGCCCAUCAUCCAUUGGGAACGGCCUAUACAACAGCUGAAGACGUGGUCCUCGCCUCGGCUGUCGCCCAUCAGUUGCACCCGGCAAUGCGACCAUUGCGCGCUCUCCAACCCGAGGACGAUGGCGUUGUCGAUGAUCCCAAGGUGACGCUCGAGGGCAAGGAUUUGUGGGAGAAAUUUCAUAAGCUCGGCACCGAAAUGGUCAUCACCAAAAGCGGCAGACAAAUGUUUCCGCAAAUGAAAUUUCGUGUUUCGGGACUGGAUGCCAAGGCUAAAUACAUACUGCUACUGGACAUCGUUGCGGCGGAUGAUUAUCGUUAUAAAUUUCAUAAUAGUCGUUGGAUGGUCGCUGGUAAAGCGGAUCCUGAAAUGCCAAAACGCAUGUAUAUUCAUCCAGAUUCACCCACAACGGGUGAGCAAUGGAUGCAAAAAGUUGUUUCAUUUCACAAAUUAAAAUUGACCAACAAUAUUAGUGAUAAACAUGGAUUUGUAAGUACUACCAUAUUGAACUCAAUGCAUAAGUAUCAGCCGCGCUUUCAUUUGGUGAGGGCCAACGAUAUACUGAAGCUACCGUAUUCCACGUUUCGCACUUAUGUUUUCAAGGAGACGGAAUUUAUAGCCGUAACUGCAUAUCAAAAUGAAAAGAUAACUCAAUUGAAAAUUGACAACAAUCCCUUUGCAAAGGGUUUUCGUGAUACUGGAGCUGGCAAGAGGGAAAAGAAUUGUUACAGGCAAGCUCUGAUGUCGAAUCGAGGGUCCGAUUCGGACAAAUUGAAUCCCACACAUGUGAGCAGCUCCCGGGCCCCAUUGCACUUGGGGCAUGCUGGAAGACCGCCUCAUCUGCAUCCCCAUGCUGCUGCUUUGCUGGACAAUCAGCAAGACGAUGAUGACAAGCUGCUGGAUGUCGUUGGACCGCCUCAGAGUCCGCUGUUGCCUUUGAGCCAUUCGCUGCAACAGAUGCAUGCGCAUCAGCAUUCGGCUCUGGCCGCCUGGUUUAAUCAUUUGGCUGGUGCUGGAGCCGGUGAGCAUGCGGCUGCAGCUAAUGCCAGUGCGGAGGAAGCAUUGCGCAGACGUCUGCAGGCCGAUGCGGAUGUGGAGCGGGAUGGCAGCGAUUCCAGUUGCUCGGAGAGUGUCGGCGGUAGUACCGGCGGCGCAUUCCGGCCCACAUCGACGGGCAGCCCCAAGGAGGGAGUGGGCGCGGCAGCAGCUGCAGCAGCCGCUGGAUUGCAGCCCGGCAGUAGUUAUCCCUCGCCAAAUAUUUCAGUGGGACCACCGAUACACCCAUCGCCGCAUCUGUUGCCUUACCUCUAUCCGCACGGACUGUAUCCGCCGCCGCAUCUCGGCCUGCUGCAUAAUCCGGCUGCAGCGGCAGCCAUGAAUCCGGCUGGCCUCAAUCCGGGCUUGCUGUUCAAUGCCCAGCUGGCCCUAGCCGCCCAACAUCCGGCUCUGUUUGGUCAUGCCUACGCGGCAGCGGGCCACACACCAGUGUCCCCGCUUCAGGGGCUCAAGAGUCAUCGCUUUUCGCCGUACAGCCUGCCCGGAAGUCUGGGCUCGGCCUUUGAUGCCGUCACCCCUGGAUCAAAUGCAAAUCGCAGCGGCGGCUGCGGUGAUUCAGCCCCGCCACAGCCACCAGCUGGCCUAAUGGGUCAAUCGAGUGCCGGAGCCGGUCUAGAGAAUGGACCGCGUAGCCUUAGUUCAAGCCCCAGGCCGAGGGCCUCAUCGCAUUCGCCACCAACCAGGCCCAUAUCAAUGUCCCCGACGACACCGCCGUCGCUCUUGAAGCGUCAGUCGCAGCACUCCCCCUCGGAGCUAAAGAGCAUGGAAAAGAUGGUCAAUGGUUUGGAAGUCCAACACAAUGGCAGUGCCGCUGCCCUUCUGGCGGAAGAAUCAGCCGCGGCGGCAGCAGCAGCAGCAGCAGCGGGACAAAUGCAUCAUCAUACCCAUCCGCAUCAUACACAUCAACAUCCGCAUUCGCAUCCGCAAUCAAAUACAAUUACGGAUCAGUGACAAUUACUGGACGGUCGCUCCGAUUGUGAGGAGGGCGGCCUAGAUCUAGACUUGGAGGAUGACAUUAUCGAUGAUAAUGAAAACGAUGACAAUGAUGAUGAGCAGGAUCGCAGUUCGGUCAUUGAUCUGGAUGUCGAUGUCUGACCGCAAACGGAGCAGCUGCAGCAUCUCUAGCAGCAUUCCUUGAUCCUGGUUUAGUAAAUUUCUCGAAUUUAGUUGCCGCAAAUAAAAGUGCUAACAAGUUUUCUCAAUGUAAAUAGGACUAACCCUCCUCCUUCCCCAUCCCGCCACACCCACCCUUACACACUGGCACA